AAUUUCUUUUUGUGCUUUGUUGCAGAUUAAAGGCCUACCUGAAGGUUUUGCUUAUCCCAAAAUAGGGUCCAAUUAUUCACUUAGGACCGUGGAGAAGACGUGGAAAGCUCUGCAGGACUUCAAGGAGGGCAAUGCCAUCUUUACCUUCCCAAAUACUCCGGUGAAGUGUGCUGGAGCCCCCCAGAAGAUCAUGUAUCUAUCAGAAGCCUAUUUCAGAAAGACAGGGAAGCGAUCCAAGGCCAAUAUUAUUUUCAACACGUCUCUUGGAACAAUUUUUGGGGUUAAGAAGUAUGCAGAUGCCUUGCAGAAAAUUAUCCAGGAGAGGAACAUCACUGUUAACUACAAGCAAAACCUCAUUGAAGUUCGAGCUGAUAAACAAGAGGCUGUUUUUGAGAACCUGGACAAACCUGGAGAGACCCAAGUGAUUUCAUAUGAAAUGCUUCAUGUCACACCGCCAAUGAGCCCACCAGAUGUCCUCAAGACAAGUCCUUUGGCUGAUGCCGCUGGCUGGGUGGACGUGGAUAAAGAAACCCUGCAGCAUAAGAAAUACCCAAAUGUGUUUGGGAUUGGGGACUGCACCAACCUUCCUACAUCAAAGACUGCAGCUGCAGUAGCUGCCCAGUCAGGAAUCCUGGAUAGAACAAUUUCCAUGAUUAUGAAGAAUCGAACGCCAACAAGGAAGUAUGAUGGCUACACAUCGUGUCCACUGGUGACCAGCUACAACCGGGUGAUUCUUGCAGAGUUUGACUACGAUGCUCAGCCGCUGGAAACCUUCCCCUUUGAUCAGAGCAAAGAGCGACUUUCCAUGUACCUCAUGAAAGCUGACAUGAUGCCUUUCCUGUACUGGAAUAUGUUGCUAAGGGGUUACUGGGGAGGACCAGCCUUUCUGCGGAAGUUGUUCCAUCUGGGUAUGAGUUAAGGAUGGCUCAGCGUUUGUUCUUUUUGGAUGGCUUCUGGAACAAAACCAGUCUCUGAUGGAUCAACAGCAGCAUGAACGACUGAGAACCUAACACUGUAAAGAGUUUUUUGCUGGAUAAUGGUGACCAAAUGCCUCUCUUUUCAGUACCUAUGAACAGCCACCAUGUAGGCUGCCCAGGAUGGGCUUUAUUCUUUGGAAACAUUCAAAUGAAAGAGAAUUCUGUUUUCUAAAUAAAAGUUUGUCAUUGAUUGA